UUUCGUCCGCGCCUCCGACGCUAUGCUCGCGUCUCUCCGCCGCUUCUCCUCACUCCGCCGGACACCCCCCCUGUGCCGCCCCUCCCUUCCUCGUACCACCCGUCCCAUCCUCCGACCUCCUACCCUUCUGCCCCCGCUAGCCCGCUGUCUCGCCCCCUUCUCCCUCCUUUCCACCACCGCCCCCUUCGAGGGCGUUGCUGGCGGAGAUGCCUCCCCCUACGCCAUCUCCGAGGUGGACGAAGAGCCAGUGAGCCACCGGUGUACCGACGCGUACGCGGCCAUCGAGCUCGCGCUCGACUCGGUCGUGAAGGUGUUCACGGUGUCGAGCAGCCCCAACUACUUCCUGCCGUGGCAGAACAAGGCGCAGAGGGAGAGCAUGGGUUCGGGAUUUGUGAUUCCUGGCCGGCGAAUUGUAACAAACGCUCAUGUAGUAUCUGAUCACACAUUUGUUCUUGUAAGAAAGCAUGGUUCACCAACCAAGUACAAGGCAGAAGUUCAAGCUGUUGGUCAUGAAUGUGAUUUAGCUCUUCUCACUGUUGACAGCAAGGAAUUUUGGGAUGGCAUGAACUUCUUGGAGCUGGGUGACAUCCCAUAUUUACAGGAGGCAGUUGCUGUAGUUGGGUAUCCUCAAGGUGGAGACAACAUUUCUGUUACCAAAGGAGUUGUCUCUAGAGUUGAACCAACACAGUAUGUUCAUGGUGCUGCCCAGCUCAUGGCCAUACAGAUUGAUGCAGCUAUUAACCCAGGAAACAGUGGGGGGCCUGCAAUCAUGGGUGACAAGGUUGCUGGAGUGGCUUUUCAAAACCUUUCAGGUGCAGAAAACAUUGGAUACAUUAUUCCUGUUCCAAUAAUAAAACACUUUAUCGCUGGAGUGGAAGACAAAGGCAAAUAUGUGGGAUUUUGCUCCCUUGGUUUAUCAUGCCAGUCUACUGAAAAUGUUCAACUAAGGGAACACUUCCAUAUGCGACCAGAAAUGACAGGUGUUCUUGUUAACAAAAUUAAUCCUCUUUCAGAUGCUCAUAACGUGCUAAAGAAAGAUGAUAUUAUUCUUGCAUUUGAUGGAGUGCCAAUAGCCAAUGAUGGAAGCGUACCAUUCCGUAACAGGGAGAGAAUAACUUUCGAUCAUCUAGUGUCUAUGAAGAAGCCUGGGGAAACUGCUAUUCUCAGUCUAUUGAGAGAUGGCAUAGAGCAGGAAUUCAGCAUUUCUCUUCGACCUCUACAACCUUUAGUUCCAGUUCAUCAGUUUGAUAAACUUCCGAGCUACUACAUAUUUGCUGGUCUGGUUUUUGUUCCAUUGACCCAGCCCUACCUUCAUGAGUAUGGAGAAGACUGGUAUAACACUUCACCACGUCGGUUAUGUGAACGAGCGUUACGUGAACUGCCUAAAAGGGCAGGUGAACAACUUGUCAUCCUUUCUCAGGUCCUAAUGGAUGAUAUUAAUGCUGGAUACGAGCGGCUUUCAGAAUUUCAGGUAAAGAAGGUGAAUGAUGUGGAAGUUGAAAAUCUAAAGCAUCUGUGUGGGCUUAUAGAAGGUUGCACCGAGGAAAGCAUAAGAUUAGAUUUGGAUGAUGAGAGAGUGAUUGUUUUAAACUAUAAGAAUGCGCGGCUUGCUACCUCCAGAAUUCUCAAGCGCCAUAGAAUACCUUCAGCAAUGUCAAACGACCUGAUCGAUGAGCAAGCAACAAACGGUGAAGUUGAGGUGGCAUGCUCAAGUUGAUGCUGACCACAGUACUGCUAUUGCAUCGCAUACCACUUUUUAGUUCCUUCUUCAUUUAUUUAAUGGAUUUCCAUCCAAAAGCUUGAAGUAGAGUCACUAAUUUGAUCUGAAUGUGAUGACCCUUCAAGUAAUCUUGUCAGACCAAGUGGUCAUUUGAUAUCAGACCACAUAAGGUGCAUCAGAUUGAAAUGUCUCAGGGAGCAUUCAAAUAGUGAUUCUUUUCUGCCCUAUGUAUUUUUGUGCCAUAUGUGGGGGGAAACAUUGUCAUAAAAGGCAGUACCUAAUGCUAGUUCUUAGAGAAACAAAUGUUUUACGAGAGUUCCAACUAUCCCAAACAAAUCUGAUGGCUUCAAGUAGAAUGACUAAAUUAGCUGUGCCACUUUCUAGUGUAGAAUUCAUCUGUAUCAGCUACCUGCUGUACUUAUAAGAUUUAUUUUAGUCAUAUAACAUUUUUCUGCAA